AUGGCCGCCAACCAGCCCGUUAAGUUCAACAACGUCGAGCAUUUCGAUGUCUCGACCGGCAAAGGAGUCUUGAUUGACGAAACGAGGCUCGACCCAGAGCUUCAUGUUGCGGCCACCCUACAGCAUGGAUCCGACCUCGAUGAGAAAGAAUACAAGAGGGUGAUGUGGAAAGUCGACCUCCGACUUAUGCCUCCUCUCGCAUUACUCUACGCCUGGGCGCUGAUAGAUCGGGUCAAUCUAUCAAGCAUCCAAAUUGGAGGACUGUCGGCCGAUCUGGGAACAGACAAGGGCAAUCGGUACACUUUGAUCACGAUGAUUUUCUUCAUCCCCUACGUGCUCUUUGACUGGGAUGGCUUUGUAGAUCCCUCAAACCUGGCCCUUCGUAAAUUUGGCCCUCAAAAAUGGCUUGGCUUCAUCGGUUUUACCUGGGGCUGUCUCACGAUUGCCAUGGGAUUCACACACUCCUGGAUAUCCAUUCUUAUCUUGCGCAUCAUUUUUGGAGCCCUUGAAGCCGGGCUUUCGCCAGGCUGCAUAUACCUCAUGUCCUGCUGGUAUCCACGGUAUGAAGUCCAAAAGAGGUUCAGCUUUUGGGCAGCAGGCGCGAUCCUAUGUUCAGGUAUCUCCAGUCUUCUCGUAUACGGGAUCGAGAAGGUUGGAACAGUCGACGGACUUCAUCCUUGGAGAUGGGUCUAUAUCAUUGAAGGCAUUGUGAGUGCCGCUGUCGGCCUGCUUUGCGGGAUCGUCCUUGUCGACUUUCCUGACAGAGCCGUUCGUCCCGGAUUAUUGCAUAGCAAAGGCUUCCUUACCACAGACGAAGCUUCGCUCAUCCUCGCUCGCCUUCAGCGCGACCGCGGAGAUGCUGUGCCUGAUAAGCUUACUAUGAAAAAAUUAGUCACGUUCCUGAUGGACUGGAAAAUGUGGGAGUUUCCAUUCCUACUCCUGUGCAACAAUAUGGCGAUCUACUCAUACUCAUAUUUCCUCCCACUCAUUCUUCGUGGAUCCUUUGGCUAUUCUCUCGAAAAGUCUUAUAUUCUCAACUUUCCUCCAUAUGUCCUAGCGGCAAUAUGGAUGCUGGUAGUUGGAUACUUCGGGGACAAAUAUAAGAUCCGCGGUCCCAUUGUCCUCGUACAGGCCCUCAUCAUCAUUCUGGGAGUCUGCAUGACCGCGUUCCUGAACAAUGGAGCUGCGCGAUACGUCGGUGUCUUCCUCGGAGUUGGCGCUAUCAAUUCGAACAUCCCUGCAAUUCUCAGCUACCAGCAUAACAAUAUCACUGGUCAACUUAAACGAGCACUUGCAACUGCCAUGAUCAUAGGUGGUGGUGGAUGCGGCGGUAUUGUUGCGAGCAACGUCUUUAGGCACCAAGACGCUCCAAAUUACACGCCUGGACUAAUCGCUGUAAUUGUUUCGCAGGUCCUCACAGCUGUAAUCGUCCUGAAAAACUUCGCGGUUUUCAAAAGACUGAACCGCAAGGCCGACCGUGGAGAGAUCAUUCUCGAGGAUACGGAAGGCUUCAGAAGAUUAUUGUUGGAAGAAGGAGUCGAACGAUUGAAGGAUAUAUUCUUGCAUUUAUCUGUCGAGCGCAUGCCUGCCAUCCCUACCUUGUGGAUGGACUCAUCUCGAUGGCAUCAAGAGCCAUUGGAUUGGGCUGCUCACGCCUAUCAACUGCUUGCCCCUCAAAUUAACGUCAAAGGUCGCAUGGCUCUACUUUUGCUGCUCGCCGUCAUCUGGGCUUUCUCAUGGCUCCUAUGGCGCGCAUACCAGGUGCUCACUACGCCCAACGAGAUCUUGGUAGAGAAACUCGGCCUCGACAUCCCCCCCGCUCCGGUCCUGAUCCUCGAAGAAAUCUCCUCCACUGAGGUGUAUGUGACUUGGAAACAUGCCGAACCGUCUUCCUCUGUUCAAGAGCACUACGUGGAGCUCAAUGGCGUCAUUAUUGGGACUACCAAGAAGAGCGAGAUGGGCGCUGUCAUAUCUGGCCUUCGUCCUGGGACAAAAUAUGCCAUUCGCGUCUUCUGCGUCAGCACCGGCACCUUCCAGACUCCUAGCGCUCCCUUCCACGUACGCACUCCUCAUCUUCCCGAGGGGAAGGAGGCUCCCGAAUCGGUUCCCACGGUCAGAGGGGUUUCGGUGCGAAAUGCUUCCACGGCAACCCCUUUAGCUGCCCCCUCCAUGACGCGCGAUCUUAGUGGAGGACAGCCCAUGGGAAGAAGGGGAACCACCGGCCGGAGGCCUUCUCCGGCCGGUCAUGGCACUGAUGCACAGGGUCAAGACGGAGGGUCCAGGGCCGAGGAGGAGGAAAUGGACGGCGAUCUCGCCGAAUUGUCGCAACGGUUCCAAAAGGUCCAACAGGACAUCGAGGCUGUCGAGGCUCAGAUCCAAGAGGAAGACAGGGAGUUCGAGGCCGCCAUGAAGGAGCUCGAGGCACGCCGCGACGAAUUGAAACAGAGUCUGAAAGAGCGGGAUGAAGCCAGCAGUGACCUCCGCAAGCAAGUCCACAAGGCAGAGACACUCAGUCGCACAGCUCAAAACGAAAAGACCAAGAAAGAGCGCUUAUUACAGCAGAAGGAGAACCAGCGACGGAAGAGGAAGGAUGACAUUUCCCGGUGGGAAGAGGCCACCGCCGCGAUGAAGGAGGAAAUUGCGGGCAUCGAAAAGCAGAAAGCAGCUAUUGAGCGUCGAACGCAAUCUGAGCUCCGGGAAAUGCGCAGGAAAAUCGAAGAGGAACAGAAGGAAGUCGCCAUGCUGGAGGAGGACAACAAGGAUAAAGCGCUCCAGAUCAAAGCCUUGGAAGAGGAACGCAAACUGCAGAACGUCGAUGAGGAGACGGAUGAAACGAGAGAAGCUGAUCGCCUCGAUCGCGAGCGGGAUAUGAGAUGGCGGGCCAGAUACGAAGGCCUGCAGCAAACCUACACUCGACUGUGGAACGACCUGCAAUUGGCCAAUCAGCAAGUCAACUACACCCGGGAGCAGAUCAAUCAGCUCGAGGCAAGGCGAGCAAAUUCGAUGGCCUUCGCGCCCAUUGCACCGCUGGACAUGGACGCCAUUCGCCGAGGAAUGAGGCCUAUUCGACGAGCGAGACCGACGGGCUCCCUCGGGAGUAGUAUCUCUUCGCCACGAGGUCCGUUUGCUGGGCCGGAGCCUUUCCCGUCAGGACUGCAGUACACCUCUGCUCCGACUUCGUCUCCUACAGCGGUCGUGCCCAGCUAUUUCAACCCGCAGAACGGGAUGACACUGGCAAUGCCCGUGGAGAUGACGGCUUCGACCCACGAUGAGCCUGACACUAUCUCUUCGAUUCCCAUGAGUCCUCGGGCAGAUUCCCUCCUCCCAGCAGAUCUUCUUGGGGACGAAUCUGCUGAUGAUCUUCCUGAGGCAGAAAUUCCGCAGCAGAGAGAGAAAUCUGAGACGGGCACGUCACCUUUCCCCACGAUAGGGUCGCCCGUCCUGCAUCCGGACAGCGGCCGGACCGAGUCGCCCAGUGUUGGUUCCUCGUCUGGCCGGUCGUUCUCGAGCCCCAUGCAAAUUUCUGCCCCGGCCGAAGGCGAUGAGAAGUCGUCCAAUUCCGGCAAGAAGUCAGAUGAACCACCUGAAGAAGACGAGGUGGUCCAGCAACCGAAGAAGCCCAAGUACACAUCCGUGUCGUCCAUGUUUGGCCUCAAUCGUCAGCGAGGAAAGACUCUUGCGGACCAGCCACCCCUGCUUGGGUCUCUCAAGCCCAGCCAGAGCCAGUCAUUUCCCAGAAAUGUGGAAGAUUUCGAUCCCCGACUGGAAACCAAAAGGCGACUGAGCUAUGGCGGAAAUUGGGCGUUUCCCGGAUCGGCCCUUUUAAACAGUAGCAGCACCCAGGAAGACAAAGAGCCUUCGGUCUCCCGCUUUGCUGCGACGAGACGCGCCUUUGGCUUGGGCGGCUUUGGGAAAUCGGCUGCGGCUUCAGCGAACUACGACCCAUUCGCCAUGCGGUCCGCCUCCUUCGAUCCAGGACUUCGAGGUGAUACUUCGUCUCCAAGACCAUCGUCCACUUAUUCUUUCGACAAAAUGCCGCGACCGUCGAUGGAAAGCCAGUUUCGUGCGUGGAAUGACAAGUCGGCACUGCGAAACAGCCCUUUGGCUCCAGACUGGGGUUCCCUACAUUCUUUUUCCCGUUCCCACUCGCGACGCCCCUCGAUCGUUUACGGGUCGACCAGCAACCUCUCCCUUCCACACGGGGACGAGGAAGUUGUCGAGCCAGACCGGAAACCAACACGUCCUCUGCAGGCACCCAUUGGCACCCGACCAGCAUCUUCUCAACAGUCCUCGACUCCGAAACUGAAUCCCGCCGCUCCGUCAUUCACGACACUCUUCAGCAGGCGGAGUGAGAAGUCCAAGGACAAGGACAAAACCAAGGCGAAAGAGUCGAAGGAGAGGGUCAAUGACUUGGACACUGCGUCGGUCCCGGAGUCUCGACGGUCCAAAGACACCAACUCGAUCGCGGCGACCGUGUCUACCCUUGAAUCGGAAACGCUCGAUCGAACACAGUCGGCGACCAGUGCUCAGUUGUCUCUUGAGAGUACUCCGGCCAAGCCGACCUUCAUCUCCAAGAUCACGCGCAAGGCCAGCAGCAAUAAAUUUGGGAGCUGGAAGGACAAGGGCAGCUUAUUCUCUAGAAAGGAAGCAUCUGUUCCGACGGGGGAGAACGAAGAGGAACAAGGGUCCACGGAACAUCUCGGGAGGAGUUUGGAAAGCACGUCGACGACGCCGAGCGCGGAGGACAAGAAGACAAGUCGAACGAGCCUGAGCACCUGGAGCUUUAUGCGCAAGAGCAAAAAGGGGCUGAAGGAAGACUUGACAGCGAGCGAGAUCAGCGAGAGCAGCGAGAGGGCCAGUGAGGCUGAGGAAGUUGGGGAGGAGCGAGAAGAGGACGAACAGCCUUGA